GGCUCGCCUGGAGGAUGUCUCGCCCCCUCGGCACAGGUGUCACUGCUGGGAGAAAACUGGUGCCGUUGCCCGCUGCGGUAAGCUCAGAGCAUGUUGCUAAGGGCCAGCCCCAGCCGGUUUCUGGAGCACCGUCUUCUCUUUGUGGAGAACGCAGAGCAGCAGUACCCACCUCGGAGACUGCUCCCGAAUCCAUUCAUGACUGAGGAACCCUCCACCCCAGCCGAGCCAGAGCUGCCGCCCUCCAACCUCACCAACACGACGGACUGUGGGAUCCUGCUCUAUGGGGACACGGAGAAGAUCGUCAUCGGAGCAGUGCUCUCCAUCAUCAUCCUGAUGACCAUCGCCGGCAACGGGCUGGUCAUCAUCUCCGUGUGCAUCGUCAAGAAGCUCCGUCAGCCUUCCAACUACCUGGUGGUGUCCCUAGCAGCGGCUGACCUGUCGGUGGCCUUCGCUGUCAUGCCUUUCGUGACCAUCACGGACCUGGUGGGAGGCGAGUGGCUCUUCGGGAAGGUGUUUUGCAAUGUGUUUAUCGCCAUGGACGUUAUGUGUUGCACCGCCUCCAUCAUGACCUUGUGCAUCAUCAGCGUGGACAGGUAUCUGGGGAUCACUCGGCCACUGACAUACCCUGUGAGACAAAACGGGAAGCUGAUGGCCAAGAUGGUCUUCAUCGUUUGGCUCCUGUCUGCCUCCAUCACACUUCCUCCCCUUUUUGGCUGGGCCAAGAAUGUCACCGUGGAAAGAGUCUGUCUCAUCAGCCAGGACUUUGGGUACACGGUCUACUCCACGGGGGUUGCCUUCUACAUCCCCAUGGCAGUCAUGCUGGUCAUGUACAGCCGGAUCUACAAAGCGGCCAAGGUCAGUGCCGAGAAACACCGCUUCAUGAACUUCCCCAAACACUACGAAGAGGAGGGUGUUUACUGCCUGGAGGCUUCUAGCCGGAGCCACCACAGCUCCAAGCGCACCAAAGCGGUGGAGGAAUGUGCCACGCUCUCCAAACUGCUCCGGCAAGACCGAAAGAAUAUUUCCAUCUUCAAAAGGGAGCAAAAAGCAGCCAGGACCCUUGGCAUUAUCGUGGGGGCGUUUACGUUUUGCUGGUUUCCCUUCUUCCUGAUGUCAACAGCUCGGCCUUUUAUUUGCGGCAUCCGGUGCAGCUGCAUGCCUCUGCGGCUGGAGAGGACUCUGCUCUGGCUGGGAUACACCAACUCCCUCAUCAACCCCUUGAUUUACGCUUUCUUUAACCGAGACUUGAGGACUACUUUCUGGAACCUCCUGAGGUGCAGAUACAGGAACAUCAACAGGAGACUCUCCGCCGCCAGCAUGCACGAGGCCCUGAAAGCCACAGAGAGGCACGAGUGCAUCCUGUAGAGCUGUGGCCUCUAGCUUAGUGCCUAACCAGUGGACUCCUGCCUCUCCAUUUCGGGUUCCUUGCUUCUCUUGCCUCUCGGGGCUGGCAAAAACCAUGCGUGCCAUUGCUCCCCAGCCAGACACCGCCGCUCAGCCUACCACCCCUUCCCUCACCCUGGGAGCAGCUUCGGUUCCCUUUGCCCUCGGCGGGAACAAGUGGGCGACCCUUCCUUCCUACGGCUUCCCAGGUGGGAGCUGAGCAGCCAUGAGCGAGACCAGGUGGUCCGAGACUCACCACCAGCUGUCUCAGGACUGUGGGCAAGUCACACCACCUUUCUGUGCCUCAGUUUCCCCAUCUGUAAAAAAAAUAAACAAAAAAUCAUCCAAACAAAAAAAUAUCCCACAAACUACAUAAGACUGCAACUCUCCACCUUUGAAAAGGGCUCUAAGGUCUGUGGAGGGAGCACAUAAUACACUAUGUAAAGAUGACACUGGCUGCACUUCUCUAUCAAAUAUGACAGCAGCUAUAGGCACCACCGUAGAGCCAUGCACUCAUGCCAUCCCAGCUUAGAUGAACUGUUUCCACUGAUUUAAUUGUAUUUUCCACACUGAGCUCAAUUCCAGGUUUGCACGUCAGAGCAGUAAUACCAAUGACGCUCUUCCCCUCACACUGUAGCACUUGAAAGAGGCAUGCUUGCAAAACGAAACACAGACGAAUACGAAGUUUUCCUUUACGGUUAGGUAGAAAAGUCUGAUGGGCUCCUCAUCGGGGAGAUGACCAGUGAGCAAAGACUGUUAUGUUUAUUGGGUUGUACUGUAAUUCAUUCUCAGACAAGUGAUGUGUGUUCAUAA